GACCUUAGUGUCUUUUUAAUUCAACAGAUACACACACGGAAACAGUCCGUGAGUUGCAACCCUAGCUUUUCCUUUUCCGUUCGUAUCGAUUGAAGAAUUAGGAUCCAAUAGAUGGCAUUUUGGGGGACGCGGGUGAUGGAGAUUGUGAAGAAGCAUGAUUCUGGAGGACUAGUUUGGAAGAGAAUAAAACUCACAACCACCCGAAAAGCCAACGCUAAGAAGCGUCUUCUCCGCGUUUGGCAGAAUGAAGCUGUCCUGAAGGCAUGUGUUGCUCAAGUUCCAUCUGCCACCACCACUACCGCCACCACCGCCGCCACCACCAGUACCAGUACCAGUACCUAGCUAAGUUCAUGGCCAUCUCAAUUUAAAUACAUUACUUGCAGGUGAAACUUUGUAAGAAUCAGCUUCUGGAAUUAUAUUAAUUUGUAAUGUGAUUUUUUGGGCUAUUUUUAAGACUGAAAAUUUUAAAUUCAAUAGAAAUUAGGUCAUGCUCUUCAACGAGUGACUCACGGGUUUGAUUGAUUGAUUACUCGUGUUUUUUAAAUAUUGUUCAUAGUUAUAAGUUCGACCAA